AUAAUAGGUGCAGAGCUCACAGCCUAUGUGGGAGGAAAUAGGGGAAGGACCCUCCAUUCCAAAAUCACAAAGUGUUAUCUCAGGAGAAAGCCCUGAAUUUACUGCCCUAGUGUCACGACUAAAGAUGGGAGAAUACAGACAGAAAAAGCUCACUCUACAGUACGUCUUGAAUAUCGGGCAGGAAUCCAUAAAUGACAUUGAAUUACGGUCUGUAGAGAACAUUCCCUGGUAUUUUCUGCAGAAUGUAAUGGCUCUCAAUGUGAACACAAGAAACACAACACUUAAAGAACCUGCACAAAGUGCAAAGACUAAGGAUAGUCUGAGCAGGUUUCAGAGUUAUGACGAUGAUGAAGAAACAGACUCGUCUGAUUCUGUCCACCCCCUGGAUGUUCUGUGUGUUCUCCUGAAUUGUUCAGACCAUUUCUUACAACAGGAAAUUGUAACCAAGAUGUCCAUGUGCCAGUUUGCUGUCCCUCUGCUGCUCCCUGCUGGUGAUGGCUCUAACUGCACCUUCAUGUUAUGGGCAAUGAGAGAAAUUGUGAAGAGAUGGAGACCUCACUCAUUAGCAGACAGUAAAGGUUUUAUGGAGGAUAAUGUGGUGAACAUUCCCAUGACGACCUUCUCUUUUGUGCGGCUGGGUACAUGUACCUUAUCCAAAUCUAAAUUCCUGAAUCAUUUGCUAAGCCCGGCUCAUGCACAUUACAGUAUUUUUGUGAAUCAGGAUAUGGAUUGCGGGAAUUACCCUCGAAAUGUCUCUGACGGGUUAGUAGAAAUAUCUUGGUUCUUCCCUGGUGGUUCGGGGAACUCUGAAACUUUCCCAGAACCCUUUGCUGUCACCAAUUUACAUGGAGACCUGAAAUCUAACUUGACACAAUUCACCUUUCUAACACAGAUAUCUGCCGCCGUCUUUAUAUUUAUUGAGAGUUUUACUGAAGAGGAUUACAGACUGUUUUCCCAGUUGACCAACACAAAGAUACAUUACUAUUUUGUUCUUAGCCAAAAUAACGACAAACAGAAAAUGCAGAUGACAAGAGAAAACUUAAAAAAAUUGUCUAAAGAAUUGAAAGUUGGCAUGAUUAAGACCCACGAUAGAAAUGCCAUUCAAUCUGUUAACAAUAUACAGCUUAUUAUUUUAGAUUCUAUGAAGGACAAAGACAACCAACUAAGCCUGGAAAAUAUGAUUAUCAAGGUCAAUAAACAUAAAAUAAGAGUAGAUGAGGAUUCUGUGGAAUGUCAGGAAGCCAGGAAGCAUGCCUUGUUAAUCACUAGAAAAAUAAAGGAUGUGGCUCAAUACAAGAAAGAUACUAUGCGAUUGCAGGGUGAUCUGUGGAAGGAGAUAUCUGGCUUGGAAAAAGAGAUGUGUAGAAUGAAGAAUCAAGGAAGAUGUAACACCAACACUUACAGAAAUCAACUCAUCAAAAAAUGCUUUGACUUAACGAAGACCCAAUAUCAACACCAAGUGCCUGAAGGUAUGAAGAACUUUAUCACAUCUAUAACAAAAUUAACUGGUACAGAAAAGUGUUAUUUUAUGAAAUGGAUGAAGUUUUAUCUUGAUUCAAUUUCCAGAGACAAUGUGCCAGUGUUACAGGCUGAGUACAGGCGAAAAAGCAUUGCUAUGUCAGCAAAUACAAAUGAACUAAAGGGACUUUCCCAAAAUAUUUCAGACAGUUCGUUGGGGAUUGAACACUUCCUGCGUGAGAUGGGGCAGUUCUAUGAAGCUGAAUGUUCUAUGAUUAAACAGAAACAAAUCAGUCCAAACCAGAGACAAUUCAGUCAUCUCCCAGAAAUAGCAGCUGAUCUCCUGCUGGGUGGGUUCCCAUUAGAGCUGAUUGAUGGCGAUGCCUCCAAUAUCCCCCUGCAUUGGAUAACUGAUGUCCUGACUGAGCUGGACACUAAGACAGGAGGACGAUGCAGAAUGAGAGUGAUCAGUGUGCUGGGAGUUCAGAGUACGGGGAAAUCCACCCUUCUGAACACCAUGUUUGGUUUGCAGUUCCCAGUGGCCAGUGGACGAUGUACACGAGGGGCUUUCAUGACCCUUAUUAAAGUGAAAGAGGAUGUCCGGCAGGAGCUGUGCUGUGACUUUAUUCUGGUGAUUGAUACUGAAGGUCUAAAAGCUCCUGAAUUGUCUUCUCUUGAGAACAGCUAUGAACAUGACAAUGAGCUGGCAACGCUAGUGGUCGGGCUGAGUGAUAUCACCAUAAUUAACAUGGCCAUGGAGAACUCAGCAGAAAUGAAAGACACCUUGCAGAUUGUGGUUCAUGCUUUCCUUAGGAUGAGUGAAGUUGGAAAGAAACCAAACUGUCACCUCGUACAUCAGAAUGUAGGUGACGUGGCAGCACAUGAAAACAAUAUGGUUGGUAGGGCAAAUCUUCUGAAAGAACUUAAUGAUAUGACAAAGGUUGCAGCUAAAAUGGAGAGAAGGAAUAAAUCCAUGGAAUUUUCUGAUAUCAUUGAUUAUAAUCCUGAAGAACACAGCUGGUACAUUCCUGGAUUAUGGCAUGGGGUCCCACCCAUGGCUCCAGUAAACCAAGGAUACAGUGAAAAUGUCUUCAAAUUAAGAAAAUAUCUUUUUGGUUUCUUAAAAGGAAGGCAAUCAUCAUUACCACAAAAUACCCAUUCAUUUAUUGAAUGGAUAAAGAGUUUGUGGAAUGCUGUAAAGCAUGAAACGUUUAUUUUCAGUUUCCGAAACAUCCUAGUGGCAGAAGCCUAUGAUCAGCUGUCCAUGAAAUACUCAGAGUUGGAAUGGGACUUCCGCAAACGGGUUCAUUCUCACUUGGCUACAUCUGAAAAUGUUAUUAAAAACCAGUAUCCCGAAAAUCUACAGAAAGGAACAUCAGAUAUGAUAACAAAUGAUAUAAAAAAACUGCUAGACAGCGAGGAGGCCAACAUGACAAAUCAGUUAAUACUGUUCUUUAAGAGUGGCUGUGCCAAUGUUCAUUUGGUGGAAAGAUACAGGGAAGAUUUUCUGAUUCAUGUCAAAAGUCUCAGGAAAGAUCUAGAAGUUAUGGCAUCAAGCAAAUGUUGGGAGACGGUCAGAAUCCAAAACUGCAAAAGUGAAAUCCAAAACAUGCAAAGUAAAUUUCAGGAGUCUAUUGAAGAAAUUAUUCUUAAACAUUUAGAGAUUCACAAAAUGAGCCAAAGUGUGCUGGAUGAGAGAGAACUGAAACUGGAGUUUGAAGCAUUUUGGGAUAAUAUUUUAACAGAACUAAAGGUGACUCGGUUGCGAAAACAUCGAAUUGAUGUUGAAAUUCUGGAACAACUGAAACGGGAGAUGAGGAACAGACCAGGGGCUGUCAAUGAGAAAUUAAAUAAUGUUAGGUCACUAAAAGACUACGGGCAGAAACAUUUUGAUGUGAUUAAGGAUUACAUAGACAUUGUUUUUUUCUCAAUGAAAGGAAUUAAGGAGUUCUUUACUAAAGACUGUUUCAAAAAGUUGUCUCACAUUGCUCAGUCAUUAACAGCUGAUUGCCAUUAUUAUGUUAUGGAAAAAGUUAACACAAAAGAAGAUUAUAAUGAAGUAUAUUGCCAGGAGAUACUUUCUAUGAUAAAUCGCAAACUGGAUAAAGCAGAAGUUAGAAAACUCCAACCUACCUCACUGUUUGAAGUGGAUCUAAAGCUUCAUAUCUUGGGUAAAGCAGCUCCUCUGUUUCAGAAGAUGCACGAUGAUUUUGGCAUAAAUAAUGAUCCAAAACUUCUUCUCAACGGAUUUAAACCUCAGUACUUCUCAAUAUUUAAAAAUAGAUUGCAGCACAAAGAUAAGUCCAGGGAUUAUGCUAAACAGUUCUACGAGCAAUGUUUGAAACCUGCCAUAUUUGAAUACAUCUAUAAAAAUCUCGGGAAAGAAAUUAUUGAUGACAUUUUUCAAGGUGUUGAUGCUACGAGGUUCAGAAGUCGGAAACACUUCCAGUUCUCGCUUCUGAAGGAUCUGCUUGAAAUAAAUCGAUUUGAAAACUACUUUCAAUAUGUUUCACAGUAUGAAAACUAUGUGAAAAACUGGAUUUCAAAGUAUAUUGCUAAAAAAUAUGGAAGCCCAAUAAGUUUCGGCAACUUUUUAUCAAAAAUUCUCUCUUCCAUUACUGAAAAGGUCAGAACUGCUCUUAGAGACCGGAAGGUCCAAAAUAGUAAAAAUGUUCCCGAAUUAUUGGAAAUCUUCUCUGUGGAGUUAAAUAAACACUUGGUGCUUUCAAGGAAUGCAAUGAAAGUGACAGGUUUCCAAAACACCUCAAGCAUCCACCAAUUUUCUAAAGACAUUGAGUAUUUCCUCAAUACAAUGGAAAAAGAAUUCACGUCCAGUAUAAAAUCGAUGGAUAUUGAGACUGUCUUGUCUAAUCUAACCCUGAAGCCUCAUGAUGAACUGUUUCAGAAGAUCAUUGGUUGUGGGAAAAAAUGUCCAUUCUGUGAAGUUCCCUGUGAAGCUGCUGGAACUAAGCAUGAGAAUCACUUUGUAACUAUCCAUCGCCCUAAAGGAUUAGCCGAAUAUAUGUGGUCAGAAUCCAAUGUUCUUUGCAACUCCAUAUGUUCCACUGAUGUCCUGUCCAAUGACAGUUUUAUAAACUCAGACACAGAUGGCAAAUGGCACCGAUACAAAGAUUAUCGCACAAUUUAUCCAAACUGGAUGAUACAACCAGACAGAGACAUGAGUUCCUCAAAUUACUGGAAAUAUGUUCUUAAACAGUUUAAUGAACAGUUUGCUGAAUGCUUUAAUGCUGAACCUGCUGAAAUCCCACUGGAGUGGCAAAAGAUAACUCAAACAGAGGCUCUCAGAUCUUUGCAAGAAAUUUAUAAUUUAAAAUAAAAACCCUGAAUACAUUUAGCAUAUUGGACUUGGGGAUUUGCUUUGCACCAUAUUUAGACUGUUGGCUUUUUAAAGAAGAUUUGGCUUGAUGAAUGGUAAAUG